UCUUUUUAAGAAUUCCUAGGAUCGUAUUCGUGAAACGCUCUUCUACCAUCUCUCAAUAAAGGGGAAAUCUGAAAAUUCCAAAAUCCAAGAAGAAGAAGAAAAAGAAGAAUGGCCGGUGGUGGAGGAAAGGUCUCUUUCAAAGUGACUCUUACCUCCGAUCCUAAACUCCCCUUCAAAGUUUUCAGCGUUCCGGAAGGAGCUCCUUUCACCGCAGUUCUGAAAUUCGCUGCUGAGGAAUUCAAAGUCCCUCCCCAAACCAGCGCCAUCAUCACCAACGAUGGUGUCGGCAUCAACCCACAACAAAGUGCUGGCAAUGUCUUCCUCAAACAUGGCUCGGAGCUGCGUCUGAUACCUCGUGAUAGAGUUGGAGCUCUAGGAACAUGCCUGUAGAUUUGUCCUUAUCUACUUUAGGCCAAAUGGCUCUAUGUUUCCCGUAGCCCCAUUUCCUAUCAACAGGUAAAACAAGCAUUUCAUACCUCAUACAAAACUGGAAGGUUGUAGACUCUCUUUGAAUGCAGUCUUCCUACUUUUAUGUAUCGGGAACAUAGUGCUCUGCGGAGUUGGUGAAAUGAAUUUUAAGCCCCUUAAUAAAUAUUAAAGAAUGGAAAAAACAGUUUAGUAUC